CUGGAAGGGCUCAAGUGGGAGAGUCACAUGGGAGCAGCCAGUGACCGCUGGCACCAAAAUGCCAGUGGAGAGAGAGCACCACCGUUCACACCCCGGGUGGUCAGGGGGCGGGGGUUGGUUCACCAGAGCUGCUGGCAGCCUCUGGGGCAGGCCGGGUGGGCUGCCUGGAGGCAAGGACAGAAGCGGUGGGACCACGCAGGAAGAGUGUGGGGCGCGGCCUCUCCUGGGGCCUCUCUGGUGCUCGGGCUCAAGGCAGCCGCGCCUCUCGCCCAGGACGGCUACAUCGACUUCAUGGAGUACGUGGCCGCGCUCAGCCUGGUCCUCAAGGGGAAGGUGGAACAGAAGCUGCGCUGGUACUUCAAGCUCUACGACGUCGAUGGCAACGGCUGCAUUGACCGCGACGAGCUGCUCACCAUCAUUCGGGCCAUCCGAGCCAUUAACCCCUGCAGCGACUCGACCAUGACCGCCGAGGAGUUCACCAACACAGUGUUCUCCAAGAUUGAUGUCAAUGGGGAUGGGGAGCUGUCCCUGGAGGAGUUCAUCGAGGGCGUCCAGAAGGACCAGAUGCUCCUGGACACGCUGACACGGAGCCUGGACCUCACCCGCAUCGUGCGCAGGCUCCAGAACGGCGAGCAGGAGGAGGGCGGGGAGGGGGCCAGCGGCGGGGAGACUGAGGCAGCCGGCUGA